AUGAAAGCGAUUCUGCAGCGCGUCGUCUCCGCCUCGGUGACGGUCGAGAAGGAGCUCGUGUCGUCCAUCGGCCGGGGCGUGCUGGUGCUGGCAGCCGUGGCACCGGGCGACACCGAGAAGGAGGCCGACUCGCUGGCGGCCAAGAUCGUCAAGCUGCGGCUGUGGGAUGAUGACGAGGGAGGCACAUGGAAGAAGAGCGUGGCCGACAUUGGCGGCGAGGUGCUCUGCGUGUCCCAGUUCACGCUCUUCGCUUCGACCAAGAAGAGCAAGCCGUCGUUUAGCGGUGCGAUGGGCGGGGACGAGGCCAAGCGGCUCUACGACUACUUUGUGCAAAAGGUGCGCGACAGCUACCAGGCCGAUCGCGUCCAGGACGGCGUGUUCCGCGCCAUGAUGCAGGUCGCUCUGGUGAAUGAUGGGCCGGUCACGAUCGAGGUAUCGGCCCAGCCAAAGCCGCAUCCAGACAAGAAAGCGCAGGAUGGGGUGGAUUGA